AUGACUGAUGCAGCCGUGGAUGAGGAUCUCGAAAUCGUUGAUUUCCAUCGUGGGUUGACAAGUGUGCAGAUGGAGAAGCUAGUCCAAGUGGAUACUAUACCAUCAGAAUUAAUAGCAAAAGCUCAGAAGAAUUUUCAGACUUGUGAAGGAGAAAUCAGCGAUAAUGGGCUUGUAACGGAGCACAAGCCAGAAACAUGUACGGUUUAUGAGCACCGAGAUUUUCCAGGAUUGCGGUUACUACCUGGAUUGCUACCUCCGGAAUGCCAAAAAAUGUUGGUUGAUCGGCUCCUACACCGAGACCUAUCAAAUCCACUGCAUAAAACCAACAUUCAUCACGACUUCAAUAUCACCUAUCCACCGACUCCAACCGGCAGCGCCCAGCCCUCUUCUUUCUUUUCGCUUCCUCAUUCCUCCAGAGACCAUACCCUCAACCCUCUCAACCCCCUCUCCAAUCACAAACCAAUGAACACUGUCCAGUUUAUGCAGAAGAAACUCCGUUGGCUUACUCUUGGCUCACAAUAUGAUUGGACAACCCGCUCGUACCCAGCCGUCUCCCCAACCCCCUUUCCACCCGACGUUUCCGCCUUGGUGACGACGCUCUUCCAGAAUUCAUUCACCCCGGAAUCUGGGGUAGUGCUUCUAUACAGCCCAAAAGACUACAUGCCAGUGCACCGCGACGUGUCGGAGGAGUGCCAGCGAGGUCUUGCGAGUUUCAGCCUGGGGUGCGAUGGAUUGUUCAUUAUAGCUCGUAAUAAAAACCCUAGAGACGAGGGGAAUGAGAAUGCAGAGCAAGAGAUGGUGGUUAUUAGAGUGAGGAGUGGGGAUGUUGUGCAGAUGGAUGGAGAGACGAGGUGGUCGUGGCAUGCGAUGCCCAAGGUUAUGGCCGGGACUUGCCCUGAGUGGUUGAAGGACUGGCCGGCAACAGAGGGCGGAAGGAAAGACUAUGAGAAAUGGAGAGGGUAUAUGGCGGGGAAGCGGUUGAAUAUUAGCUGUCGGCAGGUUUGGGGUUGA